AUGAUAAAGAACAGGCAACUAACUGCUAAGUUUAUAGGUGAUGAGUUCCUACCUUUAUUUAAGGCCAAACCACACUGGUCUGCAAAGGAAAUCAUAACUGCUGUCAGACAAAAGUACAAGGUGAUUAUAAGUAAGUGGUUGGCUUAUAAGGCUAAGAAAAGUGCACAUAAGAAGCUUCAUGGAUCAAUGAGAGAUCAUUACAGUAAGAUUGGUUCAUAUCUGAAUGCAUUAAGGAAAGCAAAUCCAUCAUCAACUUUCAAGUUGGAAACUGUUCCACCAGGUUUCAUUAAUCUAGAUCCAGAGGCCACAUGUGAAGCAUUCUUCAGACUGUUUGUAUGUUUUGAUGGUCUUAAAAAAGGGUUUCUAGCUGGAUGCAGGAAGGUGUUGUGCUUAGAUGGAUGUUUUCUAAAGACCUUCCUUGGAGGAAUGUUGUUAACUGCUGUUGGGAGGGAUGCUAAUGACCAAAUGUAUCCUGUGGCUUGGGCAGUUGUUGAAGGAGAAAACAAUGACAGUUGGGAAUGGUUCAUGCAUGAGCUACUGCUAUGUUUGGAAGGUCUGUUAAAUGCUGUUUCAAUGAUGUGGCCCUAUGCAGAGCAUAGAAACUGUGCAAGGCACAUCUAUGCAAAUUGGCACAAAUCAUUCAAAGAUGAGGAGCUGAAAGAGUUGUUUUGGAAAUCAGCUAGGGCUUACUCUGAAAGUGACUAUCUACAAGCAAUUGAAGACAUGAAAGCAAUCAAUCCUGAUGCUGUAGAGGCCUUACUGAAGCAGAAUCCCAACUGGUUUAACAGGUGCUAUUUGAACACCCACACCAAGUGUGAUGUAAUAGUAAACAACAUGGCAGAAACUUUUAAUGGUUUUAUCAUUAAUGCAAGGUCAAAACACAUAAUUCAUAUGUUAGAGGAUAUAAGGAUUCAGGUCAUGAGUAGGUUAGUGACAAAAAGGACAGAAAUGGCUGCCAGAGAUGUUAUCAUAUGCCCUAAAAUCCAGGAAAAACUUGAAUUUUCAAAAGCUGCUUCUUAUAGAUGUGAGGUGUAUCCCUCACCAUAUCAAGUUUUCCAAGUAAGGGAUUUUGAUGAUGUCUCUGUGGAUCUAGAAAAGAGAAGCUGCACAUGUAGAAAAUGGGAUUUAAGAGGAUAUCCUUGUAAACAUGUAUGUGCUGUUGCUGGUUUUUUACAUAAGAAUACUGAAGACUAUGUUGAUGUGUGUUAUCACAAAGAUACAUACAUGAAGGCUUAUGAGUUCUCAAUACCUCCAUUGCCUAGUGAAAGGUAUUGGACCAAGAUCAAUCAGCCAAUGGAUCCACCACCAAUCAAAUUUGCUCCUGGUAGGCCCAAGAAGAAUAGGAAGAGGGAUCCUCAUGAAGAUCCAAAAAGGCCUGGGAAACUCACAAAGCAUGGGGUUAUAAUGAAAUGUAGUAACUGUGGGGCUAGAGGUCACAACAAAAGAAAGUACACUGAGAAGGGGAAAACAACUGAAGGUGGUUCUGCUCGAAAGAGACAGAAGAAGUCAACUAAAAAGGCAACAAAGCAGUCCACUCAAGAGGCAACCCAGCAGUCCACUUAUGAGGCAACCCAGCAGUCCACUCUUGAGGCAACCCAGCAGUCCACUCAAGAGGCAACUCAGAAAUCUACUCAAAAGGGAACCAAGUCAAGUCAAAAGGGAAUCAACAAGUCAAGUCAAAAGGGAAAGAGAAAGACCAAUCAAGGCUGA